AUGCUGGGCUCCCCCAAGCAUUCCUCCAGUAUCCAUGGGGUACUCGUGAUUGCCGGCGGAGCUGGCUGGCAGGCGGGCGGGCGGGCGGGCGGGGUACCCACGGGGCCGGCUGCCGUCAGCGUCCCUUCCCGGCGGCCGCGACCCCUCCCCGCUGACCUCACCCGCGCCGCCGCCUCGCGCAGAUAUAAGCAGCAGCCCCGCCGAGAAGCUGGCAGCCGGCGUCCCGGGUCCUGCGAGCGCUCCCCGACUCCUGACCCGCCCACUCCAGACCCCAAAACUCCGGAUCGGAGCCCAGGAUCCCGGACCAGUCCGCGGAGCUCGUGCCGGGCAGGCGCCGCGAUGUCCGGCCCUUGGUUUCUGCUUGCCAUGGUUUUGACCCUGACCCUGACCGGUGUCCCCGGCGGCCGCGCACAGCCGGAGGUGGCCCAGCAGGAGGCGGCUAUGGCCGCCGAGCAACUGGGCCUGGACAACCUCCUGCGGCAGGCGGAGCCCCUUCUCCUUCUCCGGGAAGACCUCCAGCGACUCCGAGAGGACCAGGAAGACAGCGAAUCAGAGUCCCAGAUCUUUCAACCGCACUGGCUCUCAAAGCGUCAGCAUCCAGGCAAAAGGGAGCAGGAGUCAGAAGAGGGAGUGGAACCCCACAAACGGCAGCACCCUGGCCAGCAGGAGGAUGUGGCUGCAUGGCCAGAGGAUAUAAGCCAGCAGAAGCGGCAGCACCCUGGCCGGCGCUCCUCCUGGCUUGGGUACACUCUCACCAAGAGGCAGCACCCAGGCAGACGGCUGGUGGAUCCCCAGGCCCAAAGCAGCUGGGAAGAGGAGGAGGAGGAGGGAGAGCUGAUGCCGGAGAAACGCCAGCAUCCGGGAAAGAGGGCCCUGGGAAGCCCAUGUGGGCCCCGGGGAUCCUGUGGUCAAGCCAGCCUCCUGCUGGGCCUCCUGGAUGACCUGAGCAGGGGCCAGGGGGAUGAAGAGAAGCGGCAGCACCCUGGGCGGCGAGCGGCCUAGGCCAGGGAGCCCCUGGAGGAGUGA